AUGGAGACGCUCGAGGCGAUACAAGCACGGCACCGCAAGGAGAAGAAGGAGCUUCAGGGCCGUGUAACGAACAAGAAGAAGAACACGACGAAGAAGACGCGGAAAGGAGUGAAUGAAGAAUGUGCGGAGCUAGAGCGCCAACUUGCCGAGAGGCAUGCCAGCGAAAUUGCGGCGGUCACGGGUUCUGGUGACACGAAUAAGGUGCCGGAAAAGACGGAGGACGCCGGAGACGAAGCGGGCGACGUGGCGGAUCAGAUUGCCAAGGCUACGAUCGAGGACGCCGCCGAAGCAGCGGGAGAAGCAGGGACAUGGGAAAAAGCGCAACCGGCAAAGGAGCGGCUCGCGCGGCGCGCGGCAGAGCAAGCCGCCCUCGCCGAGGCGGCGGAAUCGGAAACGGUGGACAUGGUGGACCACAAGGCCAUCGAGCGAGCCGCGAUGGAGGGGACGUUCCGCGCCCACUCGCUCCUCGAGAGGGAGAUUCGGCCCGACGGACACUGCCUGUUCAGCGCGGUGGCGGACCAGCUGGAGCAAGACGGGAUCGCGCUGUCGUCGGCGGGCAAGCACGCGGCGGACGCGGCGGCGGCGGCGGCGGCGGGCAAGGCGCCCGGAUACAAGGUGGUGCGGGCAGCGGCGGCGGGCUGGAUCGAGGACCACGCCGACGACUUUGCGCCGUUUCUCGAGGAGGACGUGGCGAGCUACGCGGCCAAGAUGCGGGAUACGGCGGAGUGGGGUGGGCAGGUGGAGCUGAUGGCGCUCGCGAACGCGUACGGCGUGCGCAUCAACGUGGUGCAGAACGGGGCCACGGAGAAGAUUCAGCCCUCGGAGGGAGGGGACGACGGGGAUGACGCGCGCCAUAUUUGGCUCGCGUACUACAGGCACGGAUACGGUCUGGGGGAGCACUAUAAUUCGUUGAGGAAAGCUCGAUGA